AUGAAGCUCUCUCUUCUGCUGAGUGCCACUGCCCUGGCUCUUGCCAACCAUGCCAGCGCAUUCUACGGCCAGAUGGCUGCAUCUGACUACUCAGCCAACGAGGGUGGGGUGUACCAGAUCAUCUAUCUCACCGACUACAGUACCGGGUCUACGUACUCGGGCACUCUGUACGGAGGAUUCAACUCCUGCACCAGUACAGAAUGUUCUAUCAGCUUCCAUGAAACGAGCGUUGGAACCUACAGCUUCACUUCGCUCAUGUGGAGGACCAGUGAUGGUUGCCAUAACAUUGAUUUCAAGGGUGCAUUCGACGCUGGUCAUGGGUACUGCUGUGGAUCACUGCCUUGCAACUUCUCUGCUUAA